AAAGAACUACGUCACCGGUCAAAGUUGAGCCUCUUGAAAACACAAACAGCAUGGAGACCGGGGAAGUCAAGAUAAGCGGAGGCUCCGGCAAAACCUCUAAAAAGGGUGGGAAACGAAUUAAACAACCUACGGCCGAAGAAGAAGCAAGACGGAGAGAGGAGUUGAAGGAGAAGCUGAGGGAGAAGUUUGAGCUGGAGAGAAGAGCUGUGAAGGUGGUGGAGCGUCUCCUGGAGGACAGUGUGACUGAAGACUUCCUGCUUGACUGUGCCAAGCUCAUGACUCCAGCCAAUUACAAGGACACUAUAGAAGAGAGAUUCAUUGCUAAAAUGUGUGGUUAUCCCAUAUGUUCAGAUAAACUGGUCAAGAUCCCAACCCAAAAGUACAAAAUAUCUACCAAAACAAAUCGGGUUUAUGACAUCACAGAGCGUAAAUGCUUUUGCAGCAACUUCUGCUACAAGGCCUCUAAAGAGUUUGAGCUUCAAAUAUCAAAGACGCCUCUCUGGGUGAGGCAGUUUGAAAGCCCUCAAGAAAUCAGGUUGCUGAAAAAGGGAGACAGUGGGAGCUCUGGUGAGGAGGUGAUGCUGUCAGUGAGGCAUCUCAAAAAGGAGGACAUCGAGAACCCGCCGGACGACCUCUGUGGUGAAAGCUCUGUGGGAGCCGGCCACGCCGAGAACACCAGCGACGAGCAGGACUUUGUCUCCAGUGUGGUCUCACAGCAGCAGAGGCCCCGUGUGCACUGGGGCGACUUGCCCAAAUCCACAGAUCGUGGCAAAAGUGGGGUACAAGAGAAGGCAGAGAGGAGAGACAAACAGAACACAGGAAUCCUUAAAGAGGAGCCUGACAGUCAAACCACAGAGAGGGAACCACUGAGAGGAAAGAGUAAGAGGAAAGAACCAUUUGUUGAGAAAUCUGAGGAGUUUCACGAAGCAGAUACUGACCAGGCAAAGGAAGGAGAGAAGGAGUUGAGUGUGGAAGAAGCCACAGUUAAACUAAACCUUUGUAGUUUAUCAGAGCACACAACCACUCAGGCUGGACUCACAACAACAGUUAUCUCUCUUCCUGUCAUCGAAGCACAGAAAACAGAAAACCACCCUUCGCCCUCUCCAGGGCCGACUCCCACUAAUCCGAGCAACCUCGGCCAAGCUUGGACCAGCCCACCAGGUCUGAGCAUCACCCAGGUGGGCAUGAGCAAGAGAGGAGCAGCAGGGCUGCGACACCUACUGGAGACGCAUGGCGGCAAAGUCAAACCCGCCUCUUUUCAGCCGAGCAUCUGCGAGUCUCUCAGAAGAACGUUAAAAGAAUGGUGUACCGACGAGACCCGGAGGUUUCUGUACGGCUCGGGCCACUCGCCGAGCCCCCCUUCUUCUGCUGACCCAAAAGAAGCGGAGGAGGAAUUGGAUGAAGAUGACUUCGAGAAUGAUGAGAACGUUCUUGACGGUCAGGGGCUGAAGAGGCCACUGACAGCAGCACCUGCAUAUGAGACUCUGCAGAAAGAGACCCAACAGCUGGAGCUCAGAGUCAGGGAGUUUUACAAAGGGACCUGGAUUUUGCCCAGGGAGGAUGAGCCGACCGUCCAGGAAGAAAAACCAAAGGAUCCAGUUCUGCCGCUCAUCGACUCUCAAGCUCAGCACCUCAUCCAGAAACGGAUUGCAGUGGAGAGGCUCAGCGGCUGUCUCAGAAGCAUUUUGGGUUCGCUGCCUCUCACCAUGAGCGACGUGUCUACAGACCUGAACAAUCUGGUCAAGACCUUCAGGCUCACCAGCAAAAACAUCAUCCAUAAAACUCCGGAGUGGACCCUGAUAGCCGUGGUACUUCUGCAUCUGUUGUCUGAAGUGUCACCACUGGUGCGGGAAGCCUUGGAGACCUCGGCAUCCGUAGAGUAUCUGAACACGCUGAUGCAGGAGCUCGGCCUCCAAGAACAGGACCUCCUACAAUUAGUCCAGGAGUUUAAAUCCCCAACGCACUGACACCCACAGAGAUACUGGAAAAUCAUCAGAGAUGCCCUUUGGAAUAUUUUCUGUGUGUCCGUUUUUCAUCAAAUGUAAUCCUCAUUGUAAAAUUCAAACUAAUUUUGUUUUUUAACUGUACAAUAAACCAUCAUAAAUCAAUGGAG